AUGAGGCCGGAGAUUGGAGGGGGCUGUGGUGGUUUGGGUCCCAUCUGUGGAGGUGGAAGGGAGCUGGGGGGUUUAUGGUAUCCUUUCAUUAUUCAAAUCAAUGAAAGAGAAGAGACACACCAUUGGACUAGCCUGGCCUCCCUCUUAGGCAUCCUGGCCUCCCUCCUGGCCAUCCUGCGGGUGGUACUCCCGCCGGACCGCCGGUUCUCCCCCCUCAAGUUCCUGACCCGGGCCCUCAACUGCGUCUCCUCCUGCUGCUACUUCGAAAUCACCGAGAACGACGCCAACACCAACGAGCUCUACAAUGCCGUCCAGCUUUACCUCAGCUCCUUCGUCUCCGCCUCUGGCAACCGCCUCUCCCUCACCCGGGCCAUCAACUCCAGCGCCACCACCUUCGGCCUCUCCAACAAUGACUGCAUCAACGACGUCUUUGACGGCGUUGCCGUCCAGUGGGAGCACUUGGUGACGCAGCACCAGUCUUGUCCUCUCCCCGACGAGAAGCGCAGCUUCAGGCUCCGGAUCAGGAAGUGCCACAAGGACCUUGACCUCGACUCCUACCUGGACUACAUCAUCGACAAGGCCAACGACAUCCGCCGCAAGAACCAAGAACGCCUCCUUUAUACUAUUUCGUGCAGGGGGUCGCUCAAUUCCAGGGGCCACCCGUGGGAAUCGGUGCCAUUCAAGCACCCGACCACCUUCGACACAUUGGCUAUGGACCCGGAGAGGAAGGGGGACAUCAUGGAGGACCUCCGCAACUUCGUGGCUGGGAAGGCCUUCUACCAGCAGAUGGACCUGGCUUGGAAGCGGCGCUACCUGCUCUACGGUGCGCCCAGGACAGGGAAAUCAAACAUGAUCGCCGCGAUGGCCAAUUUCCUUGGCUAUGACAUCUACGACCUCGAGCUGACCAAGGUGCAGUCCAAGUCCGAGCUCCUGAACCUCCUCAUGAAGACCAGCUCCAAGUCCAGCGUUGUCAUCAAGGACAUCGACUGCUUGGUCAAUCUGUCGAACCGGUCCAAGGUACCCCAAGCCGCCGCGUCCCAAAGCUACUACAGCCCCAACGCACCAGACGCCGUGUGCGGCAGUGAGGACGGGAACAACAUCACCUUCUCGGGGCUGCUCAAUUUCCCCACCGGCCUGUGGUCGUGCUGCGGGGGUGAGAGGAUCUUCGUAUUCACCACCAACCACAUUGAGAAGCUCGAUCCAGCAUUGCUCCAGAGCAGCCAGAUGGACAUGCACAUCUGCAUGAGCUAA